GCAUGACAUGCAGUAUGAUGUCAUGGGCACUGGUGAUGACAUAUAUGUACUGAGAAUCGCCAUGUUCCCCGAGCAUGAGAGCAUCCUUUUUGAAGGCUCGAAUUCACCCAAUUAUCAUCGUCAUACUCUUUGAGCCAAGUUCAAACCAUCAUCAUGGAUAUCGUGCAGAAGUUCGGCCACCUCAAGACCGACCCGAAGACGGGACGGCGCACCAGCUCCGCCCAGGCGGAGGAGGAACUGGCCUUGAAGCAGCGUGCGUUCAACUAUCUCCUGGGCAAUUUUGGUCGCCCUGAUAAUGACCACCCGGACCGGAGAUCUAGCGGCGCUAGUAACAUGGCUGGCAUGGUUUACGCUGCGCAGCAGAAUGCCCGCGCUGAGAGGGAUACUACUCCCUCUAUCCCUGGAGAUAGCCGUAAUGGGAGCCACGUCAAUGAUACCGCCAGUAGAGAGGAAUCAUCUUUCGACAUCGAUGAUGACUCGGGCAGAGAGGCAGUAAAUGAUGGGGAUGGAAUCAGCCCCACCAAUACUGGCCCUACGUAUCGAGAUACGGUCCCUCCUUCUUACAACACGGUCAACGAGACAACGUACUAUCCCGACAAUGCAGUCAGAGAAUCAAGGUAUUAUCCCGACGAUACGGCCAGAGAGACGACCACAACUGAGUAUGUUCCGGGAGCACCCGGGAUUAUCAGACCCAUUUGAUCCCCCUGUAACCAGUGUAAUUUCAGGCGUCGGAGGCGUUGGGUCAAGGGGCCUGCGUGGAGGGCUAUCUCAUGCUCCUAGACUGUAUACGUCGGGAUAACUCCAUGAUCGACAGCUCCACUUGUCCUGUGUUUUGUUUUGUUCCAACAUUGUAUAGUAACCUUUCCCGCUCAGUAUAAUGAUAUCACAAACCAUGUUUAGUUGUUUAAA